AUGAAAAUAAUAUUAUUUAUUAGUUUAUUAUUAUCUAUUAUAACUCUAUGUUUAGGAGGAGCAACAGUAUUUGUUGAUCAAGCUAGUACUAAUACAGAAGCAACAUGUGGUAGUACUAUAGCUUUGGCUUGUCAGAAUCUACAGACUGGUUUUGCAAUGGUCAUGGCUGACCCAGACACUAGUGCCACUUCAAUGAACGUUGCAACUGGUACUUACAAGGGCGCAGUUAACGGAAACAUUCAAUUCUAUAAUCGUUCAGUCACUAUCUAUGGUAGCGUUGGUACUAUUUUUGACUUGACUGGUGUAGCCCCCUAUUUCUUUAAUUUGGCUCCUGCCGCUGGUGUCGUCGUCACUGAUGCCGACGUCACUCAAUUGACCAUCAAUGAAAUCGCAGUCAUCAACUUUGACGGUACAGCAACCAACGGCUCGCUAUUCUUCUCUGCUUCGGCGUCUAUCAAUGUCGGUAUCGAAAUUCGUAACAGUAACUUUACCAAUAUCCUCGGAACAACUGGUUCCAUUGCCAAUUUCGACAAUGCUGAUGGAAAGGUGAACGAUGGUGCAGUCGUAUUUGACGGAUGUAUAUUCACCAAUGUCAAAUCUACCAUGUCGGCCAUUCAAACAUUACUCGUCCCCGUAACCAUCACUUUAUGCACGUUCACUCAAAACGACGCCCGUUAUAUGAUCUAUGUAUCAUUUGGAGCACUUUCAAUCACCAAGAACUCAUUUGUCAAUAACAACUUGACCACUCUUAGUGUCGGUUCAUUGAUCUAUGGUGCCAACAUUAGAUCAGACCCAUAUGUUGUAACAUCCAACGUAUUUAACAAUAACCAAGUGUACGGAGCUUCUAUCCUCACACUCUCGGCUACGAUGGUCAGUAUCAAGAACAACGUAUUUUCAAACUCCCAAAACAAUGCUGUCAUUUGCGGUAGAAGUGAUAUCACCAUCAACAACUGUACAUUCACCAACAAUACUGGUAACAAAUUCGGUCAAGUUUACGGUACCAGUUCUUGUAACGUCGAUGUACUCAACUCUAAUUUCACAGGCAACUCUGCUCUAUAUGGUGCCGCCAUUUCAUCAGUGCCAGCCGGCAAUGUCAUCGCUAUCCAAUCAUCCAACUUUUACAAUAACGCUGGUACCAAUGGUGGAGCCAUCUUCUUGAAUCAAACAACUGCCACCCUCCUCAACCUUGUCAUCAACGGAAACAAAGCCUCUGGUGCUGGUGCCGCAGUCUACUCUACUCAAUCAAGUGAUAUUACAUUUGAAAAUGUUACUCUAAAUAACAAUUCUGCUUCUAUUGCUCCUUCCAUUAGUUGUGAUGGAAAUUCAACACUUUUCUUUGGACCAAAUGUAAGUGGUAGUGGAAAUAUUGAUUACAACAAAAAAGAAACAGCACUUGUUGUUUGUGAUAAUACAGUAUCAGGUGGUUGUAGCAUUGACGGUGACAUUGAUGGUGUUUGUGGAAAGACCAAUGGUAAAUCAGGUAAUAAUGGUGGUGGAUUAAGUAAUGGAGCCAUCGCAGGUAUUGUCAUUGGUGUUAUUAUCGGUCUUGCAAUCCUCGUACUAGUCAUUUACAUUGUUUACAAGAGACAUCAUAAUUCUAUCAAAUAUCGUUCAUUCUAA